GUUUAUUUUGUGCGACACACAACACAUACAUUACUCGCACUCGAGUCGCUUUCUCUCCCCUUUAAACCAUUGCUCGCAAUUACCUAUUGCUGUUAUUGUCGAGAAUUUGCGAUACCAGUCCAUCUGACGACUUCGAAGCCGCCGCUUGGGUGACCUGAGUCGAUCUUGUCAAGUGCCAGGCACCGUACGGCGUGUUAUUUCAUGUCCCAUCAUGCCGCGACGGCCUCCCGCCGAAGGGACUGCCGCGAAUAGAAUCCUCCUCGCGGUAGUGAUAUUACUCUUACCAUGGCUCAUCGAUGCUCAGCAGCAGCAGCAAAACGCGGGUCGUGAUGUUGGAGACCAAUACAAGUCACCACGCGAGGCCAUCAAGGCGGACCCCAUUGCGACCCUUGAGGCCACCACGCUCGGAAACAAAGCACAACGCCUCGAGUCGCCAGUGAACGCAGGUCGAGCGAAAGGCACACCAGGUGCAAAUAAAAACAAAAGAGAAAAUAAUGGAAACGAUGCGAGCGCUAUCGCAGCUUUUGCUCCGGCGGGAUCCGCCGUUCGAGCACCAUCCACAGGACGAUCCAGCAUAGAGAAUAAUGCUGGGCUCUCGCCGCAAUCUGCGCGGAGUCUUGAGGAUUGGGAUGUAGAAGACUUUGUGCUUCUUGCGACCGUCGACGGGAAGUUGUAUGCCCGAGAUAGGAAGACUGGGACACAACGGUGGGCCCUGGACGUUGACAGACCCGUUGUACAAACCACAUACCACGAAAGGAACGGAACCGAUGGCGAAGAGCAUCAGCCUGUGGAUGACUAUCUUUGGAUUGUCGAACCAAGUGCUGAUGGCAGUCUCUUCGUUUAUAUCCCCAGCGGCCCCCAACCAGGGCUGGUCAAUACGGGUCUCACCAUGAAGAAAUUGGUUGAGGAAAUGGUGCCAUACGCCGAUACCGAGCCUGCUGUGGUCUAUACUGGCGACAAGGUAACCUCACUGUGGACAAUCGAUGCCAGGAACGGAGCAGUGCUUAAAUGGUUUGGAUCCGCGGGCUCGUUCAGCCCAGGAGAAGCCACAUGCGACCGCCCAGAUGGUUUUCAAGAUCCGGAUGGUGAGGAAUGUAGCACUCGAGGGACCUUGACAUUGGGUCGAACCGAAUACACAGUCGGCAUUCAGGGAAAGGAUGGUCAUCCUAUCGUCACUCUCAAAUACGCAGAGUGGGGUCCGAACAAUUAUGACCAGGAUCUAUUACGCCAACACCGGAGCACCCUCGAUGGGAAGUAUAUGUAUAGCAGCCACGACGGAGGAGUGUUCGCAUACGACUUAACUCGGUCGAAAGAUAGAGGUGCCUUAUACAAUGCAAGGCUCCCGUCGCCGGUUAUACGAGUCUUUGACGUAGCCCGUCCUGUGGAUGCCGACACGAAGAAUCCCGAACUUAUCAUCCUUCCUCAGCCAAUACCACCCUUGGUGGAUGACAGUCAUGAAAGUAUCCGCCAUGCCCGGAUAUUUGUCAACCACACCGAGACCGGAGACUGGUAUGCAAUGUCUGGUAAUAGCUACCCAUUGGUUAUCGACGGCCCCGAACAGGCACAGUGCGAUACGGCGAAUUGGUUGGAACGUGCGCGCUUCCAUGAGCCGAUGAACAAUGCCCAGCUUCAAAAGGCACUUGUUGGACUUCACUCAAUCGAUGGCCGUAGACACGAGCCUCUGUUGACUAUAUCCGGACCAACCGAUCAGGAUGACAAAUUGCAAAGCGAGAACGAAACUAUUCAUAAAGAUGCAGUUGCAAAUAUGACAUCCCCAGCGCUGGGCCCCAAACCAUCAGUUCUAUAUCAUGUCCGACAGCUUCCAACAACAGCAGUGACGAGUAUAAUUGAACUCGUUAAUAAUCCAAUUACUACACUCCUACUCCUGACGCUACUGUUUUGGUACAACAGAGACAUAGCCCGAUGGAUCAAGUCAACCUGCAACAAGUACAUCAACAUAAUUUCAAAGCUCACGGGAAGGCUAGAAGAGGACGAAGACGUUGAUGACUUCUCGAAUAUCGAUGCGCCACUCAAACAGGAUGCACCGGCUCCCGAAACUCUUCCGGAUGUGGCAACGGUGGGAAGCUCAGACUCGUCGGACGAUGCUAAGCCAACUGAAACGAAGAAACAAGAUGGAAAACUAGCAGAUGUGUCCACUGAGGCCCGCCGAGAACCGCUGGGAGAAGUUAACGCAAACGACGGUUCGCGUCCACCGAAGCAACCCAAGCCCGAAGGCAAAAAAGCUCACCGUGGAAAACGUGGUGGUCUCAAGCACAAGAAAGGGCAGAAGCAGACUCCGGUCUCAGAUGGACCAAUUCCAUCAUCUCCUGCUACCGUUGAGGAUGCAGUCCGUGACGCAAAAAUGCUUGGAGGGACUACCCGCAUUGAGCCAGAUGUCGAAACUCUACCUAAUGGUGUCAAUGAAAUCUCGGGCCCAAUCCUACGCAUGAACAGCCUCGAGGUUAACAUGGAUAAGCUUAUUGGGACAGGAAGCAAUGGCACAAUGGUUUUCGAAGGCAAAUUUGACGGACGAGAUGUAGCAGUGAAGAGGAUGCUCAUCCAAUUCUUUGAAAUUGCAUCCCAGGAGACGAAGCUCUUACGAGAAAGUGACGAUCAUCCUAAUGUUAUCCGAUACUAUGCCCAGCAACAAAGCCAAGGAUUCCUCUAUAUUGCGCUUGAGCUGUGCUCUGCAUCUUUGGCAGAUGUUAUUGAAAAGCCGCAACUUCAUCGCGACCUUGCACAAAGCGGAGAACGAGAUCUUCCUAAUGUUCUUUACCAGAUAACCAAUGGCCUCCAACAUCUCCAUAACCUUCGGAUUGUGCAUCGCGAUCUCAAGCCCCAGAAUAUCCUGGUCUCAAUGGGUAAAGACGGCAGGCCUCGACUUUUAGUCUCCGAUUUCGGACUCUGCAAGAAGCUCGAAGGCGAACAAUCAAGCUUCCGCGCUACCACUGCCCAUGCAGCUGGUACAUCUGGCUGGCGUGCCCCUGAACUCCUCCUAGACGACGACCUUCGCGAAGGCUCGGUUACGGCCAUGGAGUCCACCCUCUCUAGCAGCCACAGCACAUCAGGGAUACCACUUGUCUCUGGUGAUCUAAUGCACAAUCGCCGCGCCACUCGGGCCAUUGACAUCUUCUCACUUGGGCUGGUCUUCUUUUACGUACUCACUAAGGGAUCUCAUCCUUUCGAUUGCGGCGAUCGGUAUAUGCGAGAAGUCAACAUUCGCAAAGGCGAAUAUAAGCUCAGCCCGCUUGAUGUUCUUGGCGACUAUGCUUUCGAAGCUACCGACCUCAUCAGGUCUAUGCUCGAGCAGGUGCCAAAGGCUCGUCCGACCGCGAGGCAAGUGAUGUCCCACCCGUUUUUCUGGUCGGCCAAGAAGCGCCUAAACUUUCUUUGCGACGUCUCAGAUCAUUUUGAAAAAGAGAAGAGGGACCCUCCGAGUGACGCACUUAUCGAGCUUGAGAGAUGGGCGCCGGAAAUUACUCGUGGAGACUUUAUGAAACCACUCGGGAAGGAGUUUACGGAUUCUCUGGGGAAGCAGAGGAAGUAUACUGGUUCAAGAUUGUUGGAUCUGCUGAGAGCGCUCAGGAACAAGAAGAACCAUUAUGAGGAUAUGUCAGACAAGUUGAAGAAGGACGUAGGUCCUUUACCUGAGGGGUAUCUGAGCUUCUGGACAAGGAAGUUCCCAAACCUACUCAUUGGUUGCUGGAAUGUUGUGUAUGAGGUUAGAUGGGAUGAAGUGGAUCGAUUCAGAGAGUACUAUGAGCCAGCAUUGCUAUGAGAUAGUUCUUUAGAACUCAUAGAGUAGGACUCCAAAGCUUUAGUCACUUCGAGGAAGGCAAUUGGCGGGCGGCUUUAGGCGCAGGGAUUAUAUGAAUUAGGAUUUAUAGUACUAUGUAGCUCGCGACGAAUUGAAUUUAUAGCAACCAUUGAAACAGCC